UUAUUGUGUUACAAAACAUGUCGCCAUUCGGGAAUGUUUUAGUUUUUGCUUUGUUUUUAUUUUCCUUCCAAAAAACAAAAUCAGAAAGCGAUACGGAAAUUCCUACGACAACUGAGCAUGUGAAUUUGACCCAUAAUAGUGGAUCUUUGUCCUUCAAAAUAAGUAUAGAAAAAACUGAAUGUAUGGAAAAUAACACAAUUAAACCAACAGGAAGCAAUAAAAAACCUCCCCCUGAUCGUCGUGGUGGAGCAGAUGAGGAUCAAGAUGAAAAUAUCGAAGAUUUAGGUUCAAAAAGUAAUCCAGCUAACACUUGUAGUGCGUAUACUACUAAAGGUCAUUAUCACAUUAAUCCUGCAAAUGCGUUUGAAGUUUUUUGUGACCGGGACAAUGAAGCUACGUGUCUUAAUCCAAAGGAAAAUCUCGGUGAAAGCGAAGUAAAGAGCUCGGCAAUAACGUUAGGUGAUGAACUUUGGCUGAGUCAAACAAAUUAUACCAUUUCAUCACUUUUCAACAAAGUUGCACCGUCACAAAUAUCGUAUCUCCAAUCAAUAUCAACAAAAGUAAUUCAAAAAAUAAGGUACUACUAUAGCACUAAAGACGUUACAACUACGCCAAAUGUACACCUUCAGGCUUUGCUGUGGAAUGACCAUUCAGUUGGCUCAGAUAUUACAAAACAAAUGCCUUUGAAAUAUACCGUUGAGAAAACUGAUUUGUGUUGGGGCAUCACAACUAACUCUUGGGUAUGCAGCGACAUAAUGCUCCAAGAUAGUUCAAACAAAAGACUACCUGUCACUGAUUUUUUUAUUGGAGAAGCAAAAGCUGGCGCUGCUGAAUCCGAACCAGUUAAAAUUUAUUUUGAACUUCUUGAAUUAUGCUUUUACAAGUAGGGGAAAACGGGUCAAAACCGUUUCGCUAAGGGUGAAGCGUUGAUCAUCAAUUAUAAACCACAAAUUAAUUGAAGUAACCACUGGUAAUAACACAUAAAAUAAGACGAGUCUCAUAAGCUAUUUAAAGGUAUAAAUAUGAAAAAUUAAAAUAUGCAACCUCUGCUUGUUACCGUUAUUUUGUUUAUUUUUUAUGUAUUAAUAAUUGUUAAAAAUAAGUAUGCUAUAGAAUUUUACUAUUUUACCCGUACAAGAUCGUAUACCGGGGUUAUACAGUAUUAGUAUUAUACUAAAAACGUUACGUUUUGUAAAACAACGCCAUCUAAAAAUACUUUUAUGAACUACGUCGAGUCCGCACCCAUGAUUGGAUAAAAACUAACGCGUAGAAGAAAGAACGCAUGCAAUACAUGAGUAGAAAUCUGCGCUCGCAUGUUUAAGCACUUCCGUUAAGCGAUUUCGUUCGAAUAAUUAAUUAAAUAUUGUUUGUAUAUAAAUAAAAUAUA